AGAGUAUAUUCUGACAGAGACACACUCCAAAACGCCGGUGGUGGUUGAGAGACAAACGCUUCUCGUUCUGAAAUUCCGAGGCCGGCCUCACUCGCUCGCUUUUCGGGCGAUAUUCGUCCCUCGCGAGACACCGUUGAUCGUCCAGGAAGCGUGACGAGGGGCGGGAAGUGGGGCGGAAGUGAGGCGGGAGCUACGGAGCCGGGGCUGUCGCUGUCAUGGACGCCUGGGUUCGCUUCAGUGCUCAGAGCCAGGCUCGGGAGCGGCUGUGUAGGGCUGCCCAGUAUGCCUGCUCCCUUCUUGGCCAUGCACUGCAGAAACACGGGGCCAGUCCUGAGUUACAGAAACAAAUUCGACAAUUGGAGGGUCAUCUGAGCCUAGGAAGAAAGCUUCUACGCCUGGGUAACUCAGCAGAUGCCCUUGAGUCAGCCAAACGAGCUGUGCACUUAUCAGAUGUUGUCCUGAGAUUCUGCAUCACUGUUAGUCACCUCAAUCGAGCCUUGUACUUCGCCUGUGACAAUGUCCUGUGGGCUGGAAAAUCUGGACUAGCCCCUCGCGUGGAUCAGGAGAAGUGGGCCCAGCGUUCAUUCAGGUACUAUCUGUUUUCCCUCAUCAUGAAUUUGAGCCGUGAUGCUUAUGAAAUUCGCCUACUGAUGGAACAAGAGUCUUCAGCUUAUAGCCGGCGGCUGAAGGGCUCUGGAGGAGGAGCCAUGGGAGGAACUGAAACUGCAGGACCUGGGGGUCCAGGGACUCCAGGAGGAGGUUUGCCUCAACUAGCUCUUAAGCUACAGCUCCGAGUCCUGCUCUUAGCUCGGGUUCUUCGAGGUCAUCCCCCACUUCUGCUGGAUGUGGUCAGAAAUGCCUGUGAUCUUUUCAUUCCACUGGACAAACUAGGCCUCUGGCGCUGUGGCCCUGGGAUUGUGGGGCUUUGUGGCCUCGUGUCCUCCAUCCUGUCUAUUCUUACCCUAAUCUGCCCUUGGCUACGACUCAAGCCCUGAUAUUCUGGUACAAGAUGAGGAGGGGAUCUGAAUUGGUAAGAUGGAAUCUUAGAUCAUCCCAAGUGCACCAGCCUCAUUCUAAUUGUACUCAUUGGUUAAAGUUAAAAUCCCAAGAUUUAGGGGUAGAGGGAGGAGCUUUGGGGAAGGUGAGGUGAAGAACAGGGACUUGUGAAAUCAAUGGGAUGAUUCUAACAUUUGGAUCUUCUGGAGCUUUUGUUUUUUCCUCCUUCAUUGCGAUGUCUUUGUCUCCCUUGACCCCCUUUUACUUUGUGUCUCUUAAGUCUAUCUAAGAUUCUGUAUCUGCAUUUUUUUUUAUCUUCUCUAUUUGCUGUCCUAGGAAUUUAAUCAGCAGAAUUACUUUUUUGAUAGGGAAGGUAGAAGGUGUGGUCUGUAAGGUUCUAACUGCUGUUUUCUUUCUCCUCACAAAGGUGACUUGUGGCAGAUUUUACCCCUUCCGAUGCCACCAAAUCACAAUUUUAGAGACUCUGUAUCCCAGUGGACUCUCUCCUCAUGCACCAGAGAUGAUUUGGUACUUCCUCCUUUAUGUCUACCUCACCAGCCUCCCUCCUGACUUGGCCCUUUUCCCUCUACUCACAUCUGCAGAUUUCUGCUUACACUUUUAUUUCAGGGCUUUAUUCCCUAGCCUGUUCUCACCCUUUCCUUGCCUAUCCAGAAGGAUGCUGUGUCUAGCAUCUUGCUGUAAAUACUGUACAGUGAUUCUGUGUAAAUAGCUGUGGCCAUGCCCACGAUGAAGAGCAAGCCUUCUAGGUCAGCACAUUAAAGAUCAGUUUGCUCAUC